AAGCCGUCGCUCAGUUUAUCGUUAGCAAGCAAACCGCCCAGUAGUUACAAGUGACAAGUUCCAGUUGCCGAGCGCCAGGCCGACCUGCUUCCACACUCACAGUUUCCAAUACAAUCCAGGCGACUACGCUUAGCGUUAUAAAGGCAAGCCGACAAAAAAGUCCGACUUUUCGACAAGUUUGAAUUGAGUGAAGUCGUAAACAGCAGCCAAAAUGUCUGAUCGCAAGGCCGUUAUUAAAAAUGCUGACAUGAGCGAGGAGAUGCAGCAGGAUGCCGUCGACUGCGCGACACAGGCCCUUGAGAAGUACAAUAUUGAGAAGGAUAUUGCGGCCUACAUCAAGAAGGAGUUCGACAAAAAAUACAACCCCACAUGGCAUUGCAUUGUGGGCCGCAACUUUGGAUCGUACGUCACCCACGAGACGCGCCAUUUCAUCUAUUUCUAUUUGGGCCAGGUGGCCAUUUUAUUGUUUAAGAGCGGUUAA